AUGAGAGCGCUUUCUCCUUUACCAUCGUCGAGGAAUAGUAGCACCCCAAAAGUAACAGCAGAAGAAAAAAUACUUUUUCAACAAACAUUUCAAUUAUUUGACAAGGAUGGAGACGGUUAUAUUGGUAGAGAUGAACUCUAUCACACCCUUACAUCAUUGGGAAAUUCCGUAACUUUGAGCGAUAUGGACAUUAUCAUGAAUGAAAUUCAUACAGCAAAGAAAGGAGUCAUAUCGUUUGAGGAAUUUUGUAGUCUAAUGAAAACGCCUUCAAUGGACGCUGGGAGGGUAUUACCAUCCCGAAGAAAAUCCAUAGCGAUUACCGACACUCCACCAAAGAGAAAUUCUCUGGCAGUGAAUGAUUGUUACGGAACACAGACAAGAUCACCCUCUCCCACAUCACCAAGUCAAAGGCGACACUCUACAGGUUACGAGACCUCAGAAAAAACAAACACACCACUAAUCACAAAGAAGCCUCCAAACCAGACAGGCUUCUCCCUUAGAAGACUAUUUGGUGGGACCAGACCAAAGUCUCCGAUGCCGUCGUCAAGUAACGAACUGAAAACAGAAUGCUCCAAUAAGGUGUUACCAAAAUGUACCACCUCCACACCAAGUACGUGGGUGGACCAAGCAGCUUCCGUUGAUGACAUGAGAGAGGUGUUUGCAACCUUUGACAUUAAUAAGGACGGGUUCUUAUCGGUCAACGAAUUCCGCUUAGUUUCUACAAAGCUAGGAAUUGGAAUAGUGAUGGACCACGAAGAGAUUAGGCAACUAUUCAACACUGUAGACAGUGACAACGAUGGAUUAAUUUCCUUCGAUGAAUUCUUAAAACUGUUUAACCUUUCUUAA